UUCCUGUUGCAGCGUUCACCGGUGCGAAGACACGAAUUUGACAGUUCCGACGAAGAGGAGAAUGAUGCUGUUGAAAAUCUCACACCUUUACAAAUAGAUUGGUAAAAGAAAUUUAUUACGGUAUUCAGUCAGUAUCGUAAUUGGUUGUAAUGCUCCAUUCAAGCCUCUUAAAGUCAGUUUGUGUGCAUAUUGUGAUGUUAUCAGCAUGAAUGAAUCUGCCUCUGGUUGGAUUUCUCUACCUUAAUUUUUGUAGUAAGCUUACUGAAAUUUACUUACUUUACUUUAAGUAACGGACACCCUAAUUAAUAUGUAUAUGACACCCUGGUUUAACAAUGACAUGACCGCCAGUGAAUUUGCGAAUGCAACCAACUUUGUAAACAUUCAUAGGGGUGUUCGUUUAUUAAUAACUUGGGAAUUAAGUAGUCUAUGAAUGUUUGGUCUAGAAUCAGGGAUCCAGCAAACUUUGAAAAACCAGAUGUGCAUGUACAGUUAGCUGCAUUAAUUUUCACCCUGCUCUAGACAAGGAACAUACCAUCAAGCCAGGUCAAGCGUACCCCUAGCCUCCCAUUCUCUUAUAUUUCCCGAUAAAUGACAGAUAAACUUACAUAAUACCCGCAAAUUUUCAUACCCCUACAUGUACCUGUGGUGGUGGAAACCAUGCAACCUCCCCCCCAGUGGUGUCUGACCCUCUCCAAAACUCAACAACUCUUGCAAAUCUAGUCCUUUACCAUCUACAGUGGUACAAGGAUAGGACAAAGUCCAAAACAAGCUGAUAUUUGUGUGUUAGCCAGAAGGAGUGAAACCUAUGUUCAAAGGGAUGCUUAUUGAGGGGUGGACGGGAGGUCUAUUUGAACAAUUUAUCUGGCUAAUGCACAUCUUUACACCUGAAGAAGUUAACAGUAGGGAAGAAGUUUUUCAUUAUGGCAUCAAUUUACUACGUGUACCAGAACACUCCUUACCAGGACUCCAGUCCAAAAUGAAUUCUGGUAUUUUUAAUAAAAUGACCAGGCUGACAUGCAAGUAUUAGCCUGGUGAUUUCUUUGAUUUUAGGGUAGACCUUUCAUUCACUGGUUCUUGUGCAGAAGUUAUUUGCAUCAGUGAAUUGCCAGGUAAUUUUUUCUUAUUUUUGAGAAGAAUUUUUAAUGAUUUGGGUGGAUUUUAAUUGGGAUGCAGAUUGACAACAGGGGAGACUUGAGAAUAGUAUAGUGCAUUGUAAGAUCUCAUUUUCUGAAACUAAGCAGUUCCUCUUCCUUCUGAGGCCACAGCUACUGAUGUACAUGUCAUGAGUGUCACAUUUAAUGUUGCUAAAGUUAAACUACAGCUGUAUUCGUGUAUGUACCAGGGCAUGGCUUUCUUCAAUUCUCAAAUUAUGUGUGAGACAAACGGUUUUCAAAUUUAGACGUGGGGCAGAUGACCACCCUCUUCUAAACUCUUGAAAUUAGUUUAAAGCUCAGUCAACUGCCAUCAUUUGUAUAUUACCCGAAAUAAGGCACCUCUGAGCCUUUUACGUCUUGAAGUGUUAAUGCUGAUCGAUUAUCUGUUUAUUGUCAAUUUAGGCUGUAAAUAUAAGGAUACAAACAGGAAUUUAACUGUGGAUAUAGGUUUGUAAAUUUGAGGCUACACUGCUUAUAGUACAUGUACAUUAUCGUUUUAGUUAGAGGUUGAUCUGCCAUGUAGAGAACCAGUCAAACUAAAUGACUGAAGAUUGACCAAAAAGGCACCCUUGGUAACCAUUAUCACUGAAUUGUAUUUUUUUUGGUCCCCUUUAGCACAACUUAAAGCAAUCAACAUCACAGAUGUGUUUGUGUUCUGUUCCUCUGCUGAGAUGAUCAGGUAAGUCAUUAAUGACCUUACAAAAUUAGUGUGUUUGUCCCCUUACUGUAGUUUUCAUACUAGUGAACAGAAGUUCCAAAGCAAAAGCUUAGUAAGAUUCACCAGGCAAUCACUCUUUAGGCCAAAUGCAUGUAUGCCAAGAUCUUAAACUCUAAAUCUGUGAUUGAAAUCCUUGGUGUUAUUUUACUCUUUAAAUUUUGCAUAGUAUUGUUUGAAAUAUCUCUUGGAAAAAUUCUACAAAUUAAAACACAAUUUUAAGCUUUUCUUUGGCCACUUUGUAAUUGGGGUACGUAGGCCGUCCAUUUACAGCCACUUGGGCCGGAGUCACACUGUACCUCCCAUUGGAGCUGGGAGCACUGCAUGACCCCUGCCCAAGCAGCUACGAAGGAGACUAACUUAAUUUGAGAUAAAUGAAUUAACCUUUUACAAUAAAACUAUUUCUGUUUUCAGGUGUAGAGUUCCUCAUCUGAUUGAUGAGUACCACUGGGCUGGCUUUGGAGUUCACCACUUCCCUGCUGAGGGUGGCAGUGUUUUAGCAAUAAGCGACUGUGAGGUUUUGAUAGAGCAGUUAAGGAAAUGUAUCACUUUUGGACACAAAACACUUUUACAGUAAGUUGACCUAAGGCCUGGGGGCAGGGGGUACUUGGGUUAAUUAUUUUUGCUGGGUAUGUGCUGCUGGCCUCUCAGAACCCCUACCCCAUUAAAUUAGUCUAUUCUGUGGCCAGAAGACCCCAUCUUAUCCAUUUUUGAGGAUCCCAUCUUAUAAUUAGUCACUUUCUGUUUGUGUAUCUACCUUAUAAAGCCUUUUAACUUAAGCAUUCUAAAAUGAAGUGACAGAUUUUUUAAAUUGAAUCAAGAACAGUACUUUUCACCUGCAGUAUAAACAUUCUGGUACAUUUGCUAGCUGCAAAUGUGAAGAACUUUCUUACCCCAAAAAUCCAAAAAUGUGUGACCCCAUUAUAGUCAACCCAGUUGUGAAAAUGCGACCCUAUCCAAGGGCACAUCUGCAUUAGCCUCUUAUAAGGAAGUACUGUCUGUUGCACCUUAGAGCAUAACUUGAUGGUCCACUGAAUGGUACUGUGUUCAGGGUCCUUUGUAAUUGUUUUGAAAAUAUUUAGCAAUUAUUCCUAGAGCCUGAGUGGGCUCUGAGUCAAUAGCCCGUGAGGCUGAAGGCCAAAUUAUUGUUCUAGUGAAAUCCAACUAGUUGGUUUAAAAUAUCAAGACAAUACAACUUUAGCUAGUUAACGCUAGACUUAAAGCCAUUGUUUUGGUUUUCAAAGCCAGUUCUUUUUACUAUUAGUGGGCUAUGACAUAUAGCCUAGUAGUAGCUCAGCCAAUCAGAUUCAGCAUUAAUUGAUAAUAGACCAUUAGUUGGAUUUUACUUACUACGUAGCCCUGUGAUGAAAUUUACAAUCAUGGGGACAAUGUUCACCAGUUUGACGGCCUCCUGGUAGGGCAGUCCUGGACAUAUUAGUACACACUGAGCGCUUUUCAAGGUACUUUAUUUGGCAGGGCAUUAAAAAAGGCAGGUGCUGUGUGCGUAAGAACAAAUUUAGCAAUUAUACAAGCAGGGUAGAAAGUGGACAUAUCCUGUUGAGGAACUCUUGAUCUCUUUAACUGCACUAAAAAAUACAGACACUUGAAUGCUUUCUUGAUUGCUAAUCUGCCAUUUUCUAAUAUUUUUAUAUAUUUUUCAUUCUUAGCUGUGUUUCUGGUUUAGGAGUUUCUUGUUUAGGUAAGUGACAACAGCUGUUAAUGUGUUCAUUGAGGCUGCCUAUGUUUGAGAGAGUGCCUAUAAAAUAUUGGCAUUCAAUGGCCACCCACCCAUUAGUCCAGAUUCGAAUUUGUCAUGGCUGCUGAAUAACGCCUGCAAAGACUUAUUUAUAUAAGGUUAGCCUUGACCUAAAGUAAUUCACAAAUACUGGCAAGAUGGUGUCUAAAUUUGAGUUUAAAUUGUAGACACAGUUGUAGAAGCUAAGGUCUUCUUCUGACUAGAAUUUGUGAAAUAUUUUCCUUAGGUUUGAAGGCUUACCCUAACCAACGAGACUUCAGUGCUUCUUUUCAGUGGCCCUGAUGAAUUAGAAACUGGGGUAUAAAAUUUUUAAUUUGAUUUUCAUUUACCCAUCUUGAAAAUGUACUUGCCAACAAAGAAAUAAUUGCAAAUUACACUCUGAAAAUGUAUGUUGUGGUUCAAGUAUUUUUAAAUCAAUUUAAAUUUUUCAAACUAAUUUGAAACUUUUAAACACACCACUCAUUCUCAUUUAUUUGUGCUUCUGCCUGUAAAAUACUCUGUGUAAAAUAAACUUUUGCUUUUAAGGUGUCACACGUCACACAUUCAUAUAAUGGCCUCACAAUCUGUUUUUUUUUUUUGGUUUCUGUUCUGUUCAGCUGCAGCUGUCUUGUUACUGAGUCUGGAUGAAUUCAUGUCCCCUGAUCAUGUCAUCUCCAAGAUGCGACAAGUAAGAGGUCAGCGAGCCUUUCAAACAGUAAAGGUAUGAUAGCUCAAGCAAAAUUGUUUUCUCUUACUGUAUUAAUUAACGCCAUAAUCAUUAGCCAACAUGCCAAAAAAAACUUAACCAUUCAUUUUUUUUAUAAUAAAGGUUUCACUGAUCUAAGUCAGUGAUCAAGCGACUUACCACCGGGAUAACUCAGUAAUCCACUGAUGCCCUGUUCAGGGGGGUGGAGUGGUAAUAAUCUUAGUUCUUCUUAUUACUGAAACUAGAAUAACCUCCUUUGGUCUUCGUUUGCUCAGAGUGCGUGUUUACCUUUUUUAGAGGGCAGGGUGCUACACUGUAGGUUUUAGACUUCCCGAGGGACCUGACAUUAAGUGUUUUGUUAUAUCUCUAGACUUUCACUUCAACAACAACAAAAGAAUAGCGACAGCCAUAAUUAUAACAACAAAAUUUAAUUCUCAAAAUCCUGCCUGAAUGAAUUAAUCAUUUACAAACUAAAGUACUUUCCUUAUAUUAUCUGCAUCUUUUUUUCUCCACUAGCUGCUGUUUCUCUUCUGGAAUAAUUUUAAAAAUCGUUGCUUUUUAGACCUUUUUAGCUUGAGUCUUUCAUGUUUGUGUUGUUGUGUUCAUUCACAAAAAAGAAAACUGGCGGUGUUUUUCCACCUUCAGUUGUCACGCCACUUUCCACCAUGCUUUGGUCAUGUGCUGUGAUGUAUCCCGAGCAGGGUACAUUGCUUAAUGUAUCACGAUUGGGAUACAUUAAAUUUUGAUUUUAGUCAAGGCUACGUGACCAAGAAUCAACCAAUACCAGUCCCUGUUUAGUUGAGUGAAAGUCUAGGAAUAAUGUUAUUUUCACCUGUAAAGAUAUCGUAAUAAUGUUUUCACACGAAAGCUCACCUGGUAUUUCACUAGUGUUUGUAUAAUAAAUGCCAAUAUCUAAUAAAUAACAUUUUCUUAAAGUUUGACCAUCGUUUAUUAAGGAUGCCAACAAUCAUAGAAAUUGGUUUAAUAAUCGAAAUUGUUCCUGCUGAAAAAUGCGAUAGGUUCAGGCUACCUUAAUGACAGUGACUGAGUUUUUAGUUUGUAUAUGUUGUAGUUAAUUUUUUAUAUCAACUUUAAAAGAGUGUUCUACCCCUGAAGAAUAUGGGCUUACCUCUGAAGAAUAUAGGUACUACCCCUGAAGAAUAUGGGUACUACCCCUGAAGAAUAUGGGUACUACCCCUGAAGAAUAUAGGUACUACCUCUGAAGUUCACAACCAGUGAAGAAUAUGGGUACUACCCCUGAAGAAUGUGCAUACUACCCCUGAAGAAUAUGGGUUUACCCCUGGAGAAAUUCAUGAAAAUUAAAGCUUCACCCCCAAAGAAUUCUAUAUUUUUUUGCUCUACCCCUCCCCCUCUACCGCAAUGUUCAUAACUUACCCCUGGAGAAUUCCAUGGUUCUUAACCAGGGGCGUGUGGAUAUUAAAUGCAAAAUUCAAAGCCCUAAACUAUUUUACUCAGAAAGCUGACAUUCCAGUGUCCUUUUAAGAGUCAAAACUGGAUAUUUCCUUGUGUUACUCUCCACAAAGUUCCACAAAUGUUAGAGCUUUAUAGAAGCUGCUGGGCUUGUGAAAAAGCUCAGUCUUGGCAAAAGGUGUCUCAUGCUUAAGCUUUCUUUGAAAAACAAGUCACGCCUGUUUGUUGCCCGUAUAACAACCCCAUUCCUAGUAUCCCUCCUGCUCCACAGGGACAGAGAGGACCCUGGGAACGAGGUUAGCUUUACAAGGGAGUUUUAGCCCCGUGUGGCGGCCAUGUUGGUGGUCAAGAACAAAAGCAUUUUUCUCCUCUGGGAACUAAACUCUAUUUUCAUGUAAAUUCUUCGAGGAAAUAUUCUUUUGUUUUGACCCCCAAGAUGGCCGCCUUUGCCACGUGGUUGCAAACCAAGAAUUGAGGGAAACCCUGUCUCUAAUGUUGUCUUUUUCUUCCUUCAGCAAUACAAUUUUGUCCAUGAAUUCCGUGAUAUGUAUAAAGCUUAUCAAGAUGAGCAAAGAAACUCUACAGAAGUGGCAGCUCCAAGGUCGCUU